AACAAUGCUCCACAAUAUCUAUAUUAAUGCAUACAUAGAAUAGCUUUAGUCUAUCCAUUCUUUUAUCUCAAUGGCUCCUCAAAUUCAUGAUUUGUUAGCCCUUUUCUCUUUCUUCCUAUCCAUGAUUGUUGCACUCAUGAUAUUAAGGAAGAAUCUUAAAAAACCUGACUCAAUUCCUAAUAUACCACCAGGGCCAUGGAAACUACCAAUAAUAGGAAGCAUACCCCAUCUCGUUGGUUCUCCACCACACAGAAAAUUAAGAGAUUUGGCCAAAAAAUAUGGCCCCUUGAUGCACCUUCAACUUGGAGAGGUCAUCUUCAUCAUUGUUUCCUCAGCAGAGUAUGCUAAGGAAGUCAUGAAAACCCAUGAUGUCACAUUUGCAUCCAGGCCUCGUUCUCUUUUCACAGAUAUAGUGUUUUAUGGUUCCACAGACAUAGGCUUUUCACCUUAUGGUGAUUACUGGAGACAAGUUCGAAAGAUUUGCAAUGUAGAGCUUCUAAGUAUGAAACGUGUCCAGUCUUUAUGGCCAAUCAGGGAGGAAGAGGUGAAAAAUCUAAUCCAACGCAUUGCAUCAGAAGAAGGGUCCGUCGUCAAUCUUUCUCAAGCUAUUGAUUCAUUGAUUUUCACAAUCACUUCAAGGUCUGCUUUUGGCAAGAGAUACAUGGAGCAAGAAGAGUUCAUAUCAUGCGUAAGAGAAGUUAUGAAGCUAGCUGGAGGUUUCAACAUAGCAGACUUGUUUCCUUCAGCUAAGUGGCUUGAGAACCUCACAAGGAUGAGGUCUAAGUUUGAAUAUUUGCACCAAAAGAUGGAUAGAAUAUUGGAGACUAUCAUCGAUGACCAUAAGGCAAAUUCAAGAACCAAAGAAGGCCAAGUUGAAGGAGGAGAGGAAGAUCUGAUUGAUGUUCUCUUAAAAUAUGAGAAUAGUAGCACUGACCAGGAUUUUCACUUAACUAUUAGAAACAUCAAAGCAAUACUCUUUGAUAUCUUCAUUGCUGGAAGUGAGACAUCAGCAACUACCAUUAACUGGACAAUGGCUGAGAUGAUGAAAGAUCCUAUACUACUGAAGAAAGCACAAGAUGAAGUGAGAGAGAUAUUCCAAAGAAGAGGAAAGGUUGAUGAAACUUGCAUUUAUGAGCUCAAAUACUUGAAAGCAUUCAUCAAUGAGGUCCUCAGAUUACACCCUCCUGGUCCUCUUGUAUUCCGGGAAUGUAGACAAGCUUGUGAGAUUAAUGGUUAUCAUAUACCUGCAAAAAGCACGGUCUUAGUCAAUACUUUUGCAAUUGGAACAGAUUCAAAAUAUUGGGCUGAACCAGAGAGGUUUUGUCCUGAAAGGUUUAUUGAUAGCUCUAUUGACUACAAAGGAACUAAUUUUGAGCAUCUCCCAUUUGGUGCUGGAAGGAGAAUUUGCCCAGGGAUAAAUUAUGGCAUGGCAAAUGUUGAAUUGGUUCUUGCUUUGUUGUUGUAUCACUUUGAUUGGACACUUCCCAAGGGAAUUAAAAAUGAGGACUUAGACUUGACUGAGGAAUUUGGAGUUACUGUGUCAAAGAAAGAAGAUUUAUGUUUGAUUCCCUCAAUUUCGCAUCCAUUGCCUUCAACUUAGUAAACUUGUAAGUGUACCAGUUGAAGUGGCCCCUUACUAUUUUGAUAUUCAAUAUAAUAAGUUUCCUCAUGCUGCUUGUUACAUUGAUAAGCUAUUGUAACUUGUAAGUGUCACCUUACUAUUGUUGGGGUUAUUUUUA